GAAUAUCAGUACAUUGCGGCAAAGCUAAGUGUGUGUUGACAGACAAGGCCAGCUGAAUGAGAAUCGGCUCUGAACAAAUAGGGCAGCGCUGAAGCAAUGUGUUUGGUGUAGACACAUUAGUAUGUUCAACGUUUACAAGAUCAAUUAAAGGUUAUAAUAAAGAAGCAAAGAUACCGGAACUGGUUGAUUGUCCAGGUCGUUACACAUCAUACUGUCAAGGAGCAACUUCAAGGUCGCACAGGAGGCAUGCCACUAGCCCGCAGUUUGUCUGUUACCUCUCUCACUGGUCUUGAAGACUGGGAUGAUGACUUCGACCAAGAAGAUGCCAUUCUCUUUGAGAUUGCUUGGGAGGUUGCCAAUAAAGUGGGUGGAAUCUACACUGUGAUUCAGACGAAAGCAAGGCUGACAGUGGAAGAGUGGGGUGAAAACUACUUUCUGAUUGGCCCUUACUUUGAGCAUAAUGUGCGCACCCAAGUAGAAUUGAUAGAACCACCAAAUCCAGCUGUGCGCAGGACUAUUGAAUCCAUGAACAGCAAAGGCUGCAAGGUUUACUUUGGAAGGUGGCUCAUUGAAGGUGGGCCUUAUGUGAUUUUACUAGACAUUGGUGCCACAGCAUGGUCACUGGACCAAUGGAAGACAGAGUUGUGGGAUAGCUGCUCCAUUGGUAUUCCCUGGUAUGAUCGUGAGGCAAAUGAUGCUGUUUUAUUUGGUUUCUUAACAGCCUGGUUCCUUGGUGAGUUUGUAGCUCAGUGUGAAGAAAACCCAUAUAUUGUUGCACAUUUCCAUGAGUGGCUUGCUGGGGUAGGCUUAAUUCUUUGCCGCAUCAGAAAGUUACCAGUGGCUACCAUCUUCACCACUCAUGCUACCCUCUUAGGACGCUACCUCUGCGCUGGAAAUGUUGACUUCUACAACAAUUUGCAGCAUUUCAAUGUUGACAGGGAAGCAGGUGACCGUCAGAUUUACCAUCGUUACUGUAUGGAGAGGGCAGCUGUUCAUUGUACCCAUGUGUUUACUACUGUGUCCCAGAUUACUGCUGUGGAAGCAGAGCACCUCCUGAAAAGAAAACCAGAUUUUGUGACUCCAAAUGGCUUGAAUGUUAAGAAGUUUUCAGCAAUGCAUGAGUUCCAGAAUCUACACGCACAAAGCAAAGCUCGUAUUCAGGAAUUUAUCCGUGGUCACUUUUAUGGGCAUUUGGACUUCAAUUUGGAUCGGUCCAUAUUCUUUUUUAUUGCAGGCCGAUACGAGUUCUCUAAUAAGGGUGCAGACAUCUUCUUGGAAGCUCUUUCAAGACUAAAUUAUCUGCUAAGGGUAAACCAAAGUGAGACAACUGUAGUUGCAUUCUUCAUUAUGCCUGCACGAACAAACAAUUUCAAUGUGGAGACUCUGAAAGGCCAGGCCGUGAGGAAACAGCUGUGGGACACUGCCAAUGCUGUUAAAGAGAAGUUUGGGAAAAAGUUAUACGAGUCUUUGUUAGUGGGUCAGCUGCCUGACUUGAACAAAAUGAUGGAUAAGGAAGAUUUUACAAUGAUGAAGAGAGCAAUUUUUGGCACCCAGAGGCACAGUUUACCUCCAGUCUGUACACACAAUAUGCUUGAUGACUCCACAGACCCUAUCCUAAACAGCAUUCGUCGAAUGGGUCUCUUUAAUAGCAGCUCUGACAGAGUCAAGGUGAUCUUCCACCCAGAGUUUUUGUCCUCUACCAGUCCUCUUCUUCCCAUGGAUUAUGAGGAGUUUGUCAGGGGCUGUCAUCUUGGAGUUUUUCCUUCCUAUUAUGAACCUUGGGGAUAUACACCUGCCGAGUGCACAGUUAUGGGAAUUCCGAGUGUAUCAACCAAUCUGUCUGGCUUUGGCUGCUUCAUGGAGGAGCAUAUUGCUGAUCCGUCUGCCUAUGGUAUCUACAUUUUAGAUCGGAGAUUCCGUGGUGUCGAUGAAUCCUGCAAUCAGCUGACAUCCUUUCUGUACUCCUUUUGUCAACAAACUAGACGACAAAGAAUUAUUCAGCGUAAUCGAACAGAGCGACUCUCCGAUUUGUUGGAUUGGAAAUAUCUUGGACGAUACUACAUGUAUGCUCGUCACAUGGCACUAGCUAAAGCCUUCCCAGAUAAAUUCACCUAUGAACCUCAUGAGCCAAGCACGGUUCAGGGAUUCAAAUAUCCACGUCCAGCUUCUGUCCCACCAUCUCCUUCACUAUCUCGUCAUUCUUCACCUCAUCACAGUGAGACGGAAGAAGAUGAUGAGCGCUAUGAUGAGGACCUUGAAGCAGAGAAAGACAGACAGAAUAUUAAGCCAGUAGCAAUGAUAACAAUGAAUAUGUCAUUGAAUUCUGGCUCUGACUGGCGCAGAUGUAAUAGUAAGAAAGGAUCUGUGGACCUGGGAAGCAAUGCCACCAGUACGGCCUCUUCAAUGACUAGUUCAGCCAGUUCCCCCACUGAACUUUGCUCACCAAGUAGCUCCAUUAUUGAUGAGAGGAAUUAGAAAGGUGGCAAGUUUGUAUUUUGCAAAAAAAAAAAAAAAAAAAGAUACCGCAUUUAGAUGGUUGAAGAAAAUAACUUCUCCUUCUAGACAGAUACAGAGAUAGCUGUUUCUUCUUUCCACCUUCACUAGGUUACCAUGAAGCAGUUUUCAGUGCCUUUCCCCUCAGUGCUGAAUCUCUGCCCAUUUUUUUUCACUUCAUCUUAAACUGCAUGCAUUGCUUCUAAACAAAUUUUUUCAUGCUAAUGUGAAGAUUUUCUUCCAAAUACUGUCGAUGAGUUAAAUGCUUCAUAUUAUUUAUUAAUAUUUAAAAUAAAAAUGUCUAUUGUGUGAUUUAUAUGAAAGAAUUAUUUAAAAAAUUAUUUUGGUGUACAAAUGAAGACACUAGAUUUCAUAUUUAGGCAAAUGUGGGUUAUGUGAAUUUUUAUCUCCACAUUUUGUGCUGGCACAGUAUUGAUACACCAGUUUAUAGUCACUUUCUCUUAUACUUUUAUGUUUGUUCUGUUCUAUUGGAUUGAAUGGAAAGGACGCGUGCUCCUUUACAUUCUCAUUUCUGUUUAUGUGGUCAGCACAAUCUAAUAAUAGUUCAGCCUUCUGUUUUGUAAUCAUUUACACCUCAUGAAGGCCUGCCAUCAUUCACGCAAACUUUCAUUAGAGGUGUGUUAAUUCUGUUUAGAAGAUCCCUGAUUUUUAUGUUAGCCACAUUAGCCGAAAGUCUCAGAAUGAUAGCUCUAUGACUUUGAUCAUAUUGCUUAAAAGGCACAUUGCAACCCAAACUGAGUUGCUUUUCAGUGCUCAUAUAGUAAUGUUUCAUGCAUCCUCAAAAUAUUCUUCAAUUUAAUAAUUUACAGAAACCUUCAAAAUAUUUCUGGCUUAUUUCCAAACUUUUUUUUUUCUUCAAAAUAACUGCAGCUUAUCAUUUUAUAAUAUGAUUCGUUCAAGUUUAAUGUGAAAUACAAUACAAAUUCAAGAUUUUAUAUGACAUAAGAGGAUUAGGUUCUUGUGCCCCCAAGGGCCAAGAGAAAAAUUUGUCAAGAUAUCAUUCUGUAUUGCCUGCUGAAAAUGUUUUUGCACUUGAUGAGCAAAUGAACAGAAAGUGAAUCUGAUCAAACAUGAAGUAAGUCAAAGGAAUCCCAAGACUUCUGCAACACGGUUACUGAUGAUGUGAGAAAUGAAUUUAUAUUAUUAUGUAUUUUUAUUUCUGGUUUUAGUUAAGUUAUUUAAACAGGUGUUUAAUUAUACUGUGAUUGGCAUAAAUAAAAAAGCUGCAAAUAACCAGUGCUCAAGUUCUAGCACUAUAUGCUUUGAAAAUGUAUGCUUGUGAAAGGAAAAGAUAUCUAAUCUUAAUAGGACAUGGAGGUUUGAAGUAAUAGAGGCCAUCAAAGAAGGUGAUUUCAAUGCAGAUAUCAUUGCAGGUUUGAAUUCAUUCAUUUUUUCAAGUUUUACAGCCUUGGAAAUUUUAUAGAAAAGUUCUUGUCAUAUGGCAUUCCUUAUACAGUAAAA